UCUGUCAGUCAGCGCACGAGGGGGACAGAGAAACAGACCGCUUUAUUUAUUUUUCUCACAAGACGUGGCGGCGCGUGUGCCUGAUGUGAGGUUCAAUAAACUUACCGGUUGACGGUAGCCAGACAGGCCUAUGUGUAAAAUGCUACUGUGGCGAUCAACGGCGAUGGAGCUGACGGAUUCUGGUGGCGUCACCCUGACAGGCUAUCAUUCAUACGAUCCCAGUAUACACGUUGCGGAGGACAUCUACGCUUCCCCGGUGUCUCCUGCAAGUUUCAGCAGGAAGGUGCAGUACCAGGGCCCAGGCAGGAUGAUGACUCCCAGGGGCUUGUUGCCCUCCCCUCCCACCCCUCCCCUGACAGCAGACCCCAUGGACGACUACUGGAGCGAGGUGAAGAGUAUAGAGGAGGGGGAGGAGGCCAGUGGGGGAGACCAAGACCUGCUGGAGAGAGCCAGCAUGGACGAGGCGGAGCUGGAGGAGGCGUGGCUUACGGAGGCGGGGCUGGAGGGGCUGGUGUCGGGGGCACAGGAGGAGGGGCCGGAGGGGCCUGUGGAGGUGUUGCUGUCGACGCUGACGCGCUCACAGGCUGCCAUGGUGAAGCGACGCGUGGACAACUACACACAGACCCUGAGGAAGAGGAACAGGCAGAACACCAGACACGUCAGAGACGUGUUCUCCACACCUGACCCCCCGCCUGUAGAACCAGUGCCCCAUGUGUCUCCUAAUUCACCCAACGGCCACUCACCUUCCGACCAACACACCCCUUCCUUACGACACACCCCGUCUAACAGACACACCCCUUUUCGUGGACGCCCCCCCUCCAAUAGACACGCCCCUUCUAACGAACAAACCACAGCUCAUGGUCGCACCCAAACCAAGACCAUCCACAGAACCCCCUCUAGAGUGCGUCCUGCGUGCCCCAGCUUCUCCCCAGUGGAGGCUGUCUCGGAGCGUCCUGGCCCUCCGGACCAGCAGGGGGAGCUGCUGUGCGACGUGCCCUACUCUGAGGGCGUUCUUCCUCACCGCAGGGGCGAGGCCUGCCACGACUGCCAACGCCUCCGAAGAGAUGACCCCAACCUGCAGCCGUUCCAGCUGGCCAGGCCAAGGCUGGGUCUGACGUGUGUCCAGGACCUGUCCUGUCAGGACAUGAAGAAGGUGGGCUACAUCGCCCUGAUAGAAAUAACAACCUUCUACCACGCUAUGGGCAUCGAACUCAAACGCUACAGGGCCGCUCGCAGUAAGGCCAGAGAGAGUGGCAUCUUUGGAGUUCCUCUGACCACGCUGCUGGAGAGCGACAGGAAGAAGGUCCCUGGUUCUAAGGUUCCACUCGUCUUCAGAAAGCUCCUGUCCAAGCUAGAACAGACCGGCCUACAGACAGAGGGGAUUCUCAGAGUACCAGGAUCUGCUUCCAGAGUAAAGCAUCUUCGCCAGGAGCUGGAGUCUAAGUUCUACGAGGACCGCUUUGACUGGGACCAGGUGAGGCACAACGACGCAGCUGGCCUGCUGAAGAUGUUCAUCAGAGAGCUCCCCUGCCCUCUCCUCACCCUGCAGCACCUGCCUGCCUUCACCGCUGUCCAGGAUAUCUCCUCCCCCCUUCACCAGGUCCAGGCUCUCCACCUCCUCACCAUGUUGCUUCCAGAGGCCAACCGGGACACUCUAAAGGCUCUGCUGGAGUUCCUGAGGAAGGUGGUGGAGUGCGAGCAGCAGAACCGGAUGAGUCUGUGGAACGUCUCCAUGAUCGUGGCCCCCAACCUGGUGACAUGCAAGGGCCACAGCCCCCGUCCUGAGGACAUGGAGGGGGCCGCAGGGGCCGCCGCCCUGGUCAGACUGCUCAUCACGCACCAGGACCUGCUCUGGACUGUGCCCAGCUUCCUGCUGUCCCAGGUGAGGAAGAUGAACGAAGCGUCGGACCGGAGGAAGCAGCCAGGAUCGGAGAAGAGUAAGAGGAGACUGCUGCCGCUCCGCAGGAGGACCACGGAGAGAGACAAGACACCCAGGAGUGAGGUGACCGACUUGCAUGAAGGGGUCAUCCGAGUUUACGCCCCACUGCACACUAAGGUCUCCAUGGCGAUACUCCUGGACAGUGAGACUAAGGCCAAAGACGUGAUGGCCCGCUUCGACUGUGAGAACGGCCACGGCACCAGGAGGAGCAGGGCCUGUCUGUUUGAGGUGGGAGGGAACAUCGGUGAGCGCUGUCUGGACCCGGAGACACACCUGCAGGAGGUGUACCAGGUCAACCCCACCUGUGAGUGGGUGCUGAAGCCCAGCCCAGACACACCUGAAGGUGUCUGAGCCUCCCAGCACAGCCACACAGACACUAAGCCCACCUGGCCUCCGCAGGGCCUGAACACAACCUGUACCGCCAGUCCAUCAACAGAUACCAUAUCCUGCCACACGCUGUCAACAGACAAACAGGCUUCACAAACAAACUCAACCGUCGCGCUGACAGACCAAGCCUUCAGUCCAGACGAACCCUAACCCUGAUCCAGAUACCCGCAGCUCUGCUGGCUUCAGGCCAGACAGUGCUACACUGUCCCCUGGUGGACAGAGCCUCUCAGAUGUUAUGUGACGAGCGACCAAGAGUGCUGGUCAUCACGGUUGUCUUGCACCAACCUCUGUGAUGUCAUACUUACCACCAACAGGGGGUCAAGGGUCAUGAUUGGCUUGACGGUCUAUACUGAGAUGACGACUUGUGUCCCACCUCGACCUGCCACAGUAUCUCUAUAACCACUAACCUAUAUUAUCUGCUUUUGUAUUAUUGAUAUCUUAAUCCUCAUUAUUAUGGGACGUUUAUCUGUGUGAUAACGGCAUGCUGAGGCCUUGUGGGAUGAAGGAGGCCUUGAGCCUCUGGUCUACCCAGGCUGGUACCCCACUACUGAGGAGGACUAAACCAUAGCACUUCCUCCUCCUCCACCACGGCACUCCUCCAUGUCCCCCUCCUCCUCUCCUGUGCUCCCAGGGGGACGUCUGGGAGGCUGAUACAGAACCAACCCACUGCUGCAGUAUGUUCUCACUCCACACAGCACGCUGCUGGCAGGACAGAGAAGAACUACAGGAAGUUGGGAAAUAACGACAGGAAGGAAGGGACGGUACUACAGGAAGUUGGGAGCAGAACUACAGAGAAGAGGAGGUGUUCGUGGACUAUGGAGUUGCCAUAUUAAAGUGUUUUGACAAGUGUUUGAACUCUGACCUUACUGAACCAUGUUUACCUGCUGUGUUUAUGCACAUGUGCGUGUGUAUGUGUGAAAGAGAGAGAGAGACAGAGAAAGAGCAAGAGCUAUGUUAACCCCAGUUUUCUAGUGCCAUAGUAGUCUACACUCCAACACUGUGUACUUGGCCCCCAUCUGCAGUAUUGUGAGCUCAGUUUGAACCGUGUGUGUGUGUGUAACAAGGAUGAAGUGCUGCAUGAACAAACUCUGAAUUUGCUUCUGUACAGAUUUUUCAUUUUUUUAUGGUUUAAGUUUAUUAUUUUUAUUCUUAUUAUUACUAUUAUGACUAUGCUCUGCCUGCUGCCAGCCGGAGGCCAUGUUGUUUGGCCUCAAGGCUUCCUGUAUCCAUGAGUAACAGAAUAGAACCAACUGAAUCCAAAUUGAA